GAGGUGGACGCAAGCAAGCCGGAUCUGACGGCCGCCCUGCGCGACAUCCGCAGCCAGUACGAGGCCAUGGCCACCAGCAACGUCCAGGAGACCGAGGAGUGGUACAAGUCCAAGUUUGCAGACCUGACGGACGCGGCCACCCGGCACGCGGAGGCCCUGCGCGCGGCCAAGCAGGAGGCCAACGAGUACCGGCGCCAGCUCCAGGCCCUCACCUGUGACCUGGAGGCUCUGCGGGGUUCGCGGGCCCUCGACAUUGAGAUCGCCACGUACCGCAAGCUGCUGGAGGGCGAGGAGAGCAGGAUCACCAUCCCCAUGCAGAGCUUCUCCAACCUGCAGAUCCGAGAGACCAGCCUGGACACUAAAUCCGUGUCAGAAGCCCAUCUGAAGAGGAGCAUUGUGGUCAAAACUGUGGAGACCAGAGAUGGAGAGAGACCAGCCUGGACACUAAAUCCGUGUCAGAAGCCCAUCUGA